AUGCCCCCACAGUCAACCUGUACAGAUGCUCCGUCACCCACAUUUCACAAUGGAGCAAUUCAUCGAGGCUAUUCACUUGGUGCAGAAUGGUUGCGUUCCCCGUCAUCUCCUCAACCAUACGCAUGGCCUUAUCAACCUGAAGACCAGGUGUGUCCAGUCCAUGCGCAAAGGGUUUUGAAUAGUUCAGAUGACAACUCCGCAGACAUUGAGGACAAUUCCUCAGAUGUCUCUAUUGAUGAUCUUUGGAUUGGCUCUGAGAUGGUCCUUGCCGAUAAUGGUUUCGAGUCCUCCUCCUCCAAUGAGGGGGAUAAUGAAGCGGAGUCUGACACCAGCACUGAGACACUCGUUGACCUUGACCCUGCUAGCCAUUUCAAUUGGUUCGUAACCACCAGUGUUGUUGGUGUAGGACUCUUUAGCGAAAUAAUUACUGCCCGGAUGCUUCGUGCCCCAGGUACAACGGUCCAUUACUUCAUCACCCUCCAUGAAGCCAUGCAGCAUUUCCGUCUUGCUUUGGCAAUGUGGAAUGGCAAGACAGUUUAA